UAUUAAUAAGCGCCGUAAUUAUGUAUGAAGAGGAGAGCGAGGAGUCGAGCGAGGCGAGCGGUGUCAUUGGCUCCGUGAGCCUUCCCCUCCCCCGGGCCGCGACAAAUCCUCGCUCCCUCGGAACAGCGCGCCCAAUCCAAGACUGCUCCGAGAACAUCAGACGCGCUCCUGCAAAGAAAACGGCCGCUAAGGCAACGUCGAUACAGGGGGUGGUGGCGGAGGGGGGGGGGGGAGAGAGAGAGGGGAAAAAACCCCCCAAAAAACCCACGUUGACUAACUCCUCCGGCUUCCUCUUUGCCUUCCGUCUUCGUUGUUUUGGGGUGGUUUUUGUUUUGUUUGAAUCUGUGUACGUGUGUCAUUCUCUCUCUCUGUCUGUCUCUUGUCAACUUAAAUAGAAGCUAGUGUAUCUCAUUACGCGCCCGCUACAGGGUUGAAACAUAAUCAUAGAAGUGCAAGAAAGGCAACAGAAGACGACAACGAAGGAGGAGGAGGAGGACAGAGCAAAGAUUCAUCACGAAACACAAACUAAAGUUUCCCGAGAGACCGACUCGCGCAGGCGCGCCUUUAUGCCCGCGGGGCAAUGACGGACAAGCAGUCCCCGCCGUGUAGCGCGGCGCCCAAGUUCAGCAUCCAGCGCAUCCUGGGCACGGACCUGGCCGACUCGUGCAGGAGACCGAGCCAAGGCGCCAUCAAGGGCGACGCGUGGAGAGGCUUCCCGCUGUCCGCGGCCGGCGUCGACCUGUCCCUGUUCUCGUCGAGCAACGGCCCCCACUACGCGGCGGGCGCGAGGGAGGCGCUCUGCGGGUGUAAGAAGAAGAAGCGGCUCCAGGGAGCGACAGCCCCCGGACGGUGCCGCCCCGGGCAGGCGGCGGACAUCGAGGCGCUCGUGUCGCCCGCGUCAAGCGUCUCGUCUGACGCCACCAAAGAGACGUCCUUAGAUUUAUCAAACCCGGACGACGUCGCCGAAAGGGUCUCGCCGGACUUCAAGGCCCCGCCGCAGAAGCGCUCGGCGAGUCGGGUCACGGCGGACGACAGAGACUCCCAGACGGAGGAGAGGGACGCGGAGAGCGCCGCGUGUCGGGCCGGGGACAGGGCCUGCGAGAGCCCCCCUCAGCACGGCAGCCCGCGUGCGCCCCCCAAGAAGAAGACGCGGACCGUGUUCUCACGGAGCCAAGUGUUCCAGCUGGAGUCGACGUUCGACAUGAAGCGCUACCUGAGCAGCGCGGAGCGCGCGGGGCUCGCCGCGUCGCUGCACCUCACCGAGACGCAGGUGAAGAUCUGGUUCCAGAACCGGCGCAACAAGUGGAAGCGCCAGCUCGCCGCCGAGCUCGAGGCCGCAAACCUGGCGCAGGUGUCGGCGGCGCACAGACUCGUGCGUGUGCCCGUGCUCUACCGGGACGCGAGCCUCCUGCGCGCGGCCGCCGCCGCCUCGCUGCCCCUGCCCGGUGCCCUCUGCUUCCCUGGGGCCGGACUCUCUCAGUUCCCGACUUCGUUCCCCAGCAACCUCAUCUGAAACGAGUGCCCGCGGUCGCGACCUAAUUGCAACAUUUCGCAGCCACGUGCCGGGAGAGUCUUCAGCAAUCGAAUUUACUUCCCGAAUCAGCUGGACAACACGCGGGUGGAAUUGAUUAAAUUUCACUAAGAAGUGCCCAGCACAUGUGAAGUGAAAUGUCGAUGAUGCUGUUGUUGUUCAUUCAGUGAAGUGAAUUUAGUUCCCGAAGAAGCUCACGGGCACGUGGGGCAAAACGUUGGACAUGGAGCCGAACAACACGUGGCACAACCGUGCAACGCACGGGAUAGCAGUACAGCACAGCCGCGAAACCCUACGCAGUGGUCCAACAACGAUAACAGCAGCAGCAGCAACACCACCAUCAUUAUCGACGAGGAGAGACUGUUGUUUUUCUCACACGCCUAACCACACACACACACGCUGCACACUUACUCACACACGUACACACACUCACACACCUGUCCCUUCAAGCGUAAUGCGUCGUCGUUAUCAGAACGGUGCGUGACCCAGCCACGCCGUUCCCAGCUGUCUGUGUGGCGAAGGCGGCUGCCACGCUGCUUCAAUGCGCGCUCCCUUAUCUGUUUAUAAAGUUAAGUAUGUAUAUACAUACGCGUAGCAUAUAUAUAGAGUACCGUGUAUAUGCUGAGUAAACACUUUACAGCUGUAAACGCCAAACACGAUGUACAUCGACCGAUAUUUAUUUGUGACGUCUUGUUUAUGGUGAACCUGUGAAAGAAAAAAACAAGUGGGAUUUUCGUUAUUGUUUUUUUAUUAUUAUUGUUGUUAUAUAUACAGCAAACGUCUUCAAUGUGCUGUUCUUUAGAGAUACACUUUUGCGUAAAAAGUCCAGUCCUCCCCCCCCCCCCCCCACAUGUUAUCUUGAUGCAUUAAAUUCGUAUAUAUAGCACAUAUCGAUUUUCUCUGUUUCAGGCUUCAUGGGCCAAAGAUAAAGACUUAAUCCAACUUAUCAGCUGCACGUCUCUAUACAGGUUUAUUUUUUUCUCCUCCCAAACCCCACGUAACGUGUAACCGAAUUGCAUCACGUGUUUUAAGUGCACGUUAUAUUGUGUUGAGUUGCCUAAGGCGUUCCAGUCUACCACUGUCAGUUGUGGAGUUCAUUUAUGUUCGAAAACCCAGUAGUGUACAUAACAUUGUGUAAAGAGUGGUGGAUGUCCAUAAGCUAUAAUCGCUCUGUAAAGUAGUUAGAAAAAAAUAUUGAACAUAUAUUGAUUCAAAGCUGCGUUCUUCAAUGUGCCUUUGCUAUAAAAUAACGAUGUUAUUCCCAAGAUAUUUAUAAUAAAACCGAUCAUCUUUAA